UUAAGGAGUUGUUACCAGUCACAGAGAAAAGGAAGCAAACAGCUAACAUGGAAGGAGAAAUAGAGACGAAGAAGAAGCACAAAGGAAAGCACGACAAGCCGAAGCCAUGGGACGAGGACCCGAACAUAGACCGUUGGAAGAUUGAGAAAUUUGACCCUUCAUGGAAUGAAGGCGGAAUGCUCGAAGUCAGUUCUUUCUCUACUCUCUUCCCUCAAUACAGAGAAAAGUACUUGCAAGAAGUGUGGCCAAUGGUGAAAUCUGCUAUCAAAGAGUACGGUGUUGCGUGUGAGCUUAAUCUGGUUGAGGGGUCAAUGACGGUUUCAACUACUAGAAAAACUAGGGAUCCUUAUAUUAUAGUUAAAGCUAGAGAUCUCAUAAAGCUUUUAUCAAGGAGUGUUCCUGCUCCUCAGGCAAUUAAAAUUCUGCAUGAUGAGAUGCAAUGCGACAUUAUCAAGAUUGGCAACUUGGUGCGCAAGAAGGAGAGAUUUGUUAAAAGAAGGCAGCAUCUUGUGGGUCCAAAUUCUUCCACUUUGAAGGCACUUGAGAUUUUGACAGGCUGCUACAUUUUAGUUCAGGGAAACACUGUGGCUGCUAUGGGUUCGUUUAAAGGUUUAAAACAAGUCAGAAAGAUCGUGGAAGACUGCAUCCAGAAUAAACUGCAUCCCGUAUACCAUAUCAAGAUUCUCAUGAUGAAGAAAGAGCUUGAAAAGGAUCCAGCACUUCAAAACGAAAACUGGGAUAGGUUCCUUCCAAAGUUUAAGAAGAAAAAUGUCAAACACAAUAAGGUUAAGAGGAAAGAGAAGAAACCAUACACACCAUUCCCUCCUGAACAACAACCCAGUAAGGUUGAUCGAGAACUGGAAUCCGGAGAAUACUUUUUGAACAACCAAAAGAAGCAAGCAAAGAAGUGGCAAGAGAAGCAGGAGAGGCAGGCAGAAAAAACAGCUGAAAACAAAAGAAAACGAGACACUGCAUUUGUUCCUCCUGAGGAGCACAGAGACCAGGAUGCAGGAAAAUCCGAGGAUAAAAAUAAUGAUGUGGCCGCCAUUGCCCUGUCUAUUAAGAAAAAGGCGAAGGACUUUGGGAAGAAAAAUGCUGUUGAGAAUAUCAAUGCAGAAGAAUAUAUUGCUGCAUCAGGCGAGCUACCCAAGAAAAAGAAAAUCAAAGCAUGUUUAGUAUAGAACAUUUUCUUGGCGCCGCAUGGUGCAUCAGGAGAGCACCACAAGAAAAAGAAAUCAAAACACAUAGAAGUUCAUGUUAAUGAGAUUAUUAUUAUUAUUGUUGUUGUUUUGUGCAAGAGGCUCACGAAGUUGCUUGCCAUGCUUCUGAUAUGGUUAUGGGUUUCUGAUGUGUUGUAAGGGACACAGAAGUGCCACAAAUAGGUUGGUUGGAAUUAACCCUGCUCUUGCGGCAACAAAUUUGCA